CAGCCCAGAAAUGUGCAGCCUUUUAGCGAUGAAGAUGCUUCAAUUGAAACUAUGAGCCACUGCAGUGGUUUCAGUGAUCCUGCUAGCUUCACUGAGGAUGGGCCUGAAAUUGAUGAAGAAGCCACUCAAGAAGACUUAGAAUACAAAUUGAAGGGAUUUAUUGAUCUUACAUUGGACAAGAGUGCAAAGACAAGACAAGCAGCUCUUGAAAGUCUGAAAAAUGCUUUUUCUUCUAAAAUACUAUAUGAAUUUAUCAUGGAAAGGAGAAUGACAUUAACUGAUAGCAUUGAACGCUGCAUUAAGAAAGGUAAGAGCGACGAACAGUGUGCAGCUGCUGGACUGGCAUGUCUUCUGUGUGUGCAGAUGGGGUCAGGAAUUGAAAGUGAAGAGAUUUUUAAGACCCUUGGUCCAGUUCUGAAGAAGAUUGUCUGUGAUGGGACAGCCAGUAUCCAAGCCAGACAGGCUUGUGCAACCUGCUUAGGGAUUUGCUGUUUCAUUGUCACUGAUGACAUUACGGAACUGUACUCUACUAUGGAAUGCCUGGAAAAUAUCUUCAUAAAGGCCUAUCAGAGAGAUAGAGACGCUAAUGGUGUAUCGAGUACGCAUAACACUGUGCUUCACAUCAGUGCUCUAUUAGCAUGGACACUGUUGUUGACCAUUUGUCCAAUGAAUGAAGUGAAGAAGAAAAUUGAAAUGCACUUGCAUAAACUUCCAAGUCUGCUGUCUUGUGAUGAUCUCAGCAUGAGAAUAGCUGCUGGAGAAACCCUAGCCCUUCUGUUUGAAUUGGCACGCGAAACAGAUGCUGAUUUCUUUUAUGAAGAUAUGGAACUUCUAACAGAGAAACUAAGAGCUCUGGCUACUGAUGGAAACAAGCACCGAGCCAAAGUAGAUAAAAGAAAACAGCGAUCUGUUUUCAGAGAUGUUCUACGAGCUGUUGAGGAGCGUGACUUUCCUACAGAGAUGGUUAAGUUUGGACCUGAGCGCAUGUAUAUUGACUGCUGGGUUAAAAAACAAACUUAUGAUACCUUCAAGGAGAUUCUGGGGUCGGGGAUGCAGUAUCAUUUGCAGUCAAAUGACUUUCUUCGGAAUGUGUUUGAGCUUGGUCCACCAGUAAUGCUAGAUGCUGCAACUCUUAAAACAAUGAAGAUAUCCCGUUUUGAAAGGCACUUGUACAACUCUGCAGCAUUCAAGGCUCGGACAAAGGCUAGAAGUAAAUGUCGUGAUAAAAGAGCAGAUGUGGGGGAGUUUUUCUAGAUCUCCUUUUCCAUAGCUUUCAGUUUUCAUAAUUGAAAUGCAUUUUUAACCUUU